AUGGCGCUACCAACAGUGGUCCUUCGGUGUCCCUGUCCGUCCUCAGCCUGUUCUAUGGUUUGGCUGCGCCUCCAAAAACUACGGGAAACGAGGGCUUUUCUUCUGAGUCGACACUAUGAGACGACCAAUGGCGGAGAUGCAAACACGACAGCUUCCUCUUCUUCUAGUCGACCCUAUGAGCAUGAGACGAGCGGCCCGAAAAUAAAUAGAAGUAGGGAUUACACGAGAGACAUCGUAGGAGGACGUGGCUCUCCUUCUUCCUCUAGAGCAGUAAGAAGUCACGAUGUUCUUGCGCGGAGUACUUCUAGGAGUAGUUCACUUGAUGCUUCUGCUGAGGACGGGGACAACAUACAUCAUCCUGAGUUGAGCCUUAUGCUGAAACAAAAAGCAGAAGCAGCAUCCUCUGGCUCGGGGAACAACAGCGGGAAUCAUAUGCUGUUGAAAGGACCAAACUGGCAUAAUAUGCUGACAUCAAGAACGAGACUUGGAGGACUGCUGGGAACCUUAGGUUCAACAGGAGACUCGAGCAGUGAGAAUAUUCAUCUUCGAGUCCCUACUUCUAAUAAUUAUCGUGCUUCUCAAGGUCAAGAUCAAGAAGAAGCUGGUCGUGUACAAGACUCUGGUCGUGUUGUACCACAUGACAAACAGAAGCAUCAGACGAGUGAAAUGACACGAAUAGGAAUAGAAGAAGAAUUAGAUGACACGAGUUCUACGGAAAACCAAAGAGAGCAACUCGCGUAUCGGAUCACGGUUGAAGUAUGUGGAGAAAAAGUUGACAUGAUAUCUUCUGGUCGCGGAUUUGAAAAUGGUAGUAGUUCUUCGGAAGAUUUUAUCUGUCUGCGAACAUCCGAGAUGCUUGACAUGGCUGAAGAAGCAGCCCAAAAAUGGAAACCGGUCAUAGAAAAACUCUAACUCAAGGCGCGUGCUUAUAAAAAUAAAUGAACAACAAGUUGUUGCGAUGUCAUGUGUUACUACAACUCCUGUUCUUGGUGGAGCAGCGAACUCAGGUGCUGCAUCACGGCGCGAUGCUGUUGUCAAUCCGAAUGACGCGCGAAGAUAUUCGUGAGAGGAGACUGUGCGACGAGAUGAAGUUGUACAAUUCGACGUCACCAUCAUGGUCUCUCAUCUUGGUCGUGCAUUCACAACCAGUAAGUUGAACGUCAUGAUAGCUUCGGUUUGCCUGCUGAAGAAGCCACCUACAUCUUAGAACUCAGAUGCUCAAGCAUGGCAAGAAGAAGCGCUGGAGAAGACCAAGAUACCGCAAAAUCUAUAAUUUUCCCAAGACGGCUACAGCUAUCGCCAGUCACCGCCGAGUGCCAAUAAUCAUCAGGAUGAAGAUGGGGGUGUGAGUCUGCAAUACCGCAAGGACAGCCAUGAUACCUGGCGUGCAGACCAGCCGAUCAGAAUCACAGCAGCUCAACAGACGUGUACUAGCUACUGCGUACAUGACUAACGCGUUGUACACGAUUACCAUGUAGUACACGACUACUCCGCACACGACUACUCCGUACACGACUGCAGCUCCAUCUACGCACGCAACAAGGGAAACCAACAAUGUGUGCAAGAGACAACAGACUUUUGGCGGCUAUGAUGUGGUGUGCCAGUGUAUACCAACGGUCACAACUUCUCGUCUCUUUGAUUGAUCCAGACAUACUCCAGAGCAUCCAUUUCGAUACAUCUCAGAGUAUCUUUUAUGUCGCAUGGUCUGUGCGACUGAAGAUCACUGGGAUUGCCCUCUUUACAUUAAAAGAUGUAACAACUACUUCCACCGGAAGUGCCAUGAAGUCUAGCUAGCGUAGGACGGGAUAAGUCUGGGAUUAUGUUGUAACUGAUUUUUUUGGAGUAUGCAUUUAUUUCAUAAUUUUUUGCAUACGGAAAAAAAUAUAGACAAAAAUUGAUGUUUAUCGGAUUCCUAGUUGUAUGGUUCUGGUAUUUGGUAACCUGAAUUUGAUCCUAAGGGUUCUCUUCUUGUUUUCCGUUAGGAUCAAAUUCAGGUUACCAAAUACCAGAACCAUUCACUAGUAGGAAUGCAUAGAAGAAGGUAGGUUUGAUUUUAUUUUUGGGUCAAUCUUUGCUUCACGAGCUACUUCUAGCUUUGUGCCUGAGUGACGGAGUAAUGUACUACCCAGUUUCUUCUCACGUGAUCUUGGCUUCCUCUACAACUAGAUCCUCAACCUCUUUCACACCUGUGUACUAUGGUCUCACCCCACGAGAAUCAUCGUUGAGAAUAUUCGAAAAGUAUCGUUGUUGCCCAUUAGUGUGUUUUUGGCAAAAGCAUGCUGAUGCUUCGGUCUCAAUGUCUCGAUUUCUUUCAUUGUCUGGAUUUUCUUGUGUUUUUGUUCGCCUAGGGCUCUGUUGAAUUUCCCUCUCGUCGUGGACUACAGAGGACGCAAGAAUUCGAAUUUGUGCAGAGCAUGCACGACUCUGACAAGCAUCAAAAGAAAUGAAUGGACACUCUGACCACUCCUUGUUUGCUCGUCAGAAAAACCUAUGCAUUGAGGCCACGGCUGUUGACGUCGUGCAGGCC